AUGUCCCCGCCCCAUUCUCCCGCUUUCCAUCACCUCGCCCAAUUCUCCCGCUUUCCAUCACCCCGGCCCAUUCUCCCGCUUUCCAUCACCUCGCCCAACUCUAAAGCUUUCCAUCAUCCCUCCCCAUUCUCCCUCUUUCCAUCACCCCGGCCCAUUCUCCCUCUUUCCAUCACCCGCCCCGUUCUCCACUAUUUAUCACCCUCCCCAUUCUCCCUCUUUCCAUCACCCCGCCCCAUUCUCCCGCUUUCCAUCACCCCGCCCCAUUCUCCCUCUUUCUAUCACCCCGCCCCAUUCUCCCUCUUUCUAUCACCCCGCCCCAUUCUCCCUGCUUCCAUCACCUCGCCCCAUUCUCCCGUUUUCCAUCACCCCUCCCCAUUCUCCCUCUUUCCAUCACCCUGCCCCAUUCUCCCGCUUUCCAUCACCCCGCCCCAUUCUCCCUCUUUCCAUCACCCCGCCCCAUUCUCCCGCUUUCCAUCACCCCGCCCCAUUCUCCCGCAUUCCAUCACCUCGCCCAUUCUCCCGCUUUCCAUCACCCCACUCCAUUCUCCCGCUUUCCAUCACCCCGCCCCAUUCUCCCGCUUUCCAUCACCCCGCCCCAUUCUCCCGCUUUCCAUCACCCCGCCCCAUUCUCCCGCUUUCCAUCACCCCGCCCCAUACUCCCGCUUUCCAUCACCCCGCCCCAUUCUCCCGCUUUCCAUCACCCCGCCCCAUUCUCACUCUUCCAUCACCCCGCCCCAUUCUCCAUUUUCCAUCACCCCGCCCCAUUCUAACUCUAUCCAUCACCCCGCCCCAUUCUCCCGCUUUCCAUCACCUCGCCCCAUUCUCCCGCUUUCCAUCACCUCGCCCAAUUCUCCAUCAUCCCUCCCCAUUCUCCCUCUUUCCAUCACCCCGCCCCAUUCUCCCUCUUUCCAUCACCCCGCCCCGUUCUCCCGCUUUUUAUCACCUCGCCCCAUUCUCCCUCUUUCCAUCACCCCGCACGAUUCUCCCGCUUUCCAUCACCCCGCCCCAUUCUCCCUCUUUCUAUCACCCCGCCCCAUUCUCCCUCUUUCCAUCACCCCGCCCCAUUCUCCCUGCUUCCAUCACCUCGCCCCAUUCUCCCGCUUUCCAUCACCCCGCUCCAUUCUCCCUCUUUCCAUCACCCCGCCCCAUUCUCCCGCUUUCCAUCACCCCGCCCCAUUCUCCCGCUUUCCAUCACCUCGCCCCAUUCUCCCGCUUUCCAUCACCCCACUCCAUUCUCCCGCUUUCCAUCACCCCGCCCCAUUCUCCCGCUUUCCAUCACCCCGCCCCAUUCUCCCGCUUUCCAUCACCCCGCCCCAUUCUCCCGCUUUCCAUCACCCCGCCCCAUCCUCCCGCUUUCCAUCACCCCGCCCCAUUCUCCCGCUUUCCAUCACCCCGCCCCAUUCUCCCUCUUUCCAUCACCCCGCCCCAUUCUCCCUCUUUCCAUCACCCCGCCCCAUUCUAACUCUAUCCAUCACCCCGCCCCAUUCUCCCGCUUUCCAUCACCUCGCCCCAUUCUCCCGCUUUCCAUCACCUCGCCCAAUUCUCCAUCAUCCCUCCCCAUUCUCCCUCUUUCCAUCACCCCGCCCCAUUCUCCCUCUUUCCAUCACCCCGCCCCGUUCUCCCGCUUUUUAUCACCCCGCCCCAUUCUCCCUCUUUCCAUCACCCCGCACGAUUCUCCCGCUUUCCAUCACCCCGCCCCAUUCUCCCUCUUUCCAUCACCCCGCCCCAUUCUCCCGCUUUCCAUCAACCCGCCCCAUUCUCCCGCUUUCCAUCACGCCGCCCCAUUCUCCCGCUUUCCAUCACCCCGCCCCAUUCUCCCGCUUUCCAUCACCCCACCCCAUUCUCCCGCUUUCCAUCACCCCGCCCCAUUCUCCCGCUUUCCAUCACCCGCCCCAUUCUCCCGCUUUCCAUCACCCCGCCCCAUUCUCCCGCUUUCCAUCACCCCGCCCCAUUCUCCCGCUUUCCAUCACCCCGCCCCAUUCUCCCUCUUUCCAUCACCUCGCCCCAUUCUCCCGCUUUCCAUCACCCCUCCCCAUUCUCCCUCUUUCCAUCACCCCACCCCAUUCUCCCUCCUUCCAUCACCCCGCCCCAUUCUCCCGCUUUCCAUCACCCCGCCCCAUUCUCCCUCUUUCCAUCACCCCGCCCCAUUCUCCCGCUUUCCAUCACCCCACCCCAUUCUCCCGCUUUCCAUCACCUCGCCCCAUUCUCCCGCUUUCCAUCACCCCGCCCCAUUCUCCCUCUUUCCAUCACCCCGCCCCAUUCUCCCGCUUUCCAUCACCCCGCCCCAUUCUCCCGAUUUCCAUCACCCCGCCCCAUUCAACCGCUUUCCAUCACCCCGCCCCAUUCUCCCUCUUUCCAUCACCCCGCCCCAUUCUCCCGAUUUCCAUCACCCCGCCCCAUUCUCCCGCUUUCCAUCACGCCGCCCCAUUCUCCCGCUUUCCAUCACCCCGCCCCAUUCUCCCGCUUUCCAUCACCCCGCCCCAUUCUCCCGCUUUCCAUCACCCGCCCCAUUCUCCCGCUUUCCAUCACCCCGCCCCAUUCUCCCGCUUUCCAUCACCCCGCCCCAUUCUCCCGCUUUCCAUCACCCCGGCCCAUUCUCCCGCUUUCCAUCACCCCGCCCCAUUCUCCCGCUUUCCAUCACCCCGCCCCAUUCUCCCGCUUUCCAUCACCCCGCCCCAUUCUCCCGCUUUCCAUCACCCCGCCCCAUUCUCCCUCUUUCCAUCACCUCGCCCCAUUCUCCCGCUUUCCAUCACCCCUCCCCAUUCUCCCUCUUUCCAUCACCCCGCCCCAUUCUCCCAAUUUCCAUCACCCCGCCCCAUUCUCCCGCUUUCCAUCACCCCGCCCCAUUCUCCCGCUUUCCAUCACCCCGCCCCAUUCUCCCUCUUUCCAUCACCUCGCCCCAUUCUCCCGUUUUCCAUCACCCCUCCCCAUUCUCCCUCUUUCCAUCACCCGCCCCAUUCUCCCGCUUUCCAUCACCCCGCCUCAUUCUCCCGCCUUCCAUCACCCCGCCCCAUUCUCCCUCUUUCCAUCACCCCGCCCCAUUCUCCCGCUUUCCAUCACCCCGCCCCAUUCUCCCUGCUUCCAUCACCUCGCCCCAUUCUCCCUCUUUCCAUCACCCCGCCCCAUUCUCCCGUUUUCCAUCACCUCGCCCCAUUCUCCCGCUUUCCAUCACCCCGCCCCAUUCUCCCUCUUUCCAUCACCCCGCCCCAUUCUCCCUCCUUCCAUCACCCCGCCCCAUUCUCCCGUUUUCCAUCACCUCGCCCCAUUCUCCCGCUUUCCAUCACCCCGCCCCAUUCUCCCUCUUUCCAUCACCCUGCCCCAUUCUCCUGCUUUCCAUCACCCCGCCCCAUUCUCCCGUUUUCCAUCACCUCGCCCCAUUCUCCCGCUUUCCAUCACCCCGCCCCAUUCUCCCUCUUUCCAUCACCCCGCCCCAUUCUCCCUCCUUCCAUCACUCCGCCCCAUUCUCCCGCUUUCCAUCACCUCGCCCCAUUCUCCCGCUUUCCAUCACCCCGCCCCAUUCUCCCUCUUUCCAUCACCCCGCCCCAUUCUCCCGCUUUCCAUCACCCCACCCCAUUCUCCCUCUUUCCAUCACCCCGCCCCAUUCUCCCACUUUCCAUCACCCCGCCCCAUUCUCCCUCUUUCCAUCACCCCGCCUAUUCUCCUGCUUUCCAUCACCCCGCCCCAUUCUCCCGCUUUCCAUCAUCCCGCCCCAUUCUCCCGCUUUCCAUCACCCCGCCCCAUUCUCCCGCUUUCCAUCAACCCGCCCCAUUCUCCCGCUUUCCAUCACGCCGCCCCAUUCUCCCGCUUUCCAUCACCCCGCCCCAUUCUCCCGCUUUCCAUCACCUCGCCCCAUUCUCCCGCUUUCCAUCACCCGCCCCAUUCUCCCGCUUUCCAUCACCUCGCCCCAUUCUCCCGCUUUCCAUCACCCUGCCCCAUUCUCCCUCUUUCCAUCACCCCUCCCCAUUCUCCCGCUUUCCAUCACCCCGCCCCGUUCUCCCGCUUUCUAUCACCCCGCCCCAUUCUCCCUCUUUCCAUCACCCCGCACGAUUCUCCCGCUUUCCAUCACCCCGCCCCAUUCUCCCUCUUUCUAUCACCCCGCCCCAUUCUCCCGCUUUCCAUCACCCCGCCCCAUUCUCCCGCUUUCCAUCACCCCGCCCCAUUCUCCCUCUUUCCAUCACCCCGCCCCAUUCUCCCGCUUUCCAUCACCCCGCCCCGUUCUCCCUCUUUCCAUCACCCCGCCCCAUUCUCCCGCUUUCCAUCAUCCCGCCCCAUUCUCCCGCUUUCCAUCAACCCGCCCCAUUCUCCCUCUUUCCAUCACCCCGCACGAUUCUCCCGCUUUCUAUCACCCCGCCCCAUUCUCCCUCUUUCUAUCACCCCGCCCCAUUCUCCCGCUUUCCAUCACCCCGCCCCAUUCUCCCGCUUUCCAUCACCCCGCCCCAUUCUCCCGCUUUCCACCACCCCGCCCCAUUCUCCCUCUUUCCAUCACCCCGCCCCAUUCUAGUCCACUUGCUCCACGUGUUUGUUGGACCAACAAGCCAGUUGCUCCACGUGUUUGUUGGACCAACAAGCCAGUUGGUCGACGUGUUUGUUGGACCAACAAGCCAGUUGGUCGACGUGUUUGUUGGACCAACAAGCCAGUUGGUCGACGUGUUUGUUGGACCAACAAGCCAGGUGGUCGACGUGUUUGAUGGACCAACAAGCCAGGUGGUCGACGUGUUUGAUGGACCAACAAGCCAGGUGGUCGACGUGUUUGAUGGACCAACAAGCCAGGUGGUCGACGUGUUUGAUGGACCAACAAGCCAGGUGGUCGACGUGUUUGAUGGACCAACAAGCCAGGUGGUCGACGUGUUUGAUGGACCAACAAGCCAGGUGGUCGACGUGUUUGAUGGACCAACAAGCCAGGUGGUCGACGUGUUUGAUGGACCAACAAGCCAGUUGGUCGACGUGUUUGUUGGACCAACAAGCCAGUUGCUCCACGUGUUUGUUGGACCAACAAGCCAGUUGCUCCACGUGUUUGUUGGACCAACAAGCCAGUUGCUCCACGUGUUUGUUGGACCAACAAGCCAGUUGCUCCACGUGUUUGUUGGACCAACAAGCCAGUUGCUCCACGUGUUUGUUGGACCAACAAGCCAGUUGCUCCACGUGUUUGUUGGACCAACAAGCCAGUUGCUCCACGUGUUUGUUGGACCAACAAGCCAGUUGGUCGACGUGUUUGAUGGACCAACAAGCCAGGUGGUCGACGUGUUUGUUGGACCAACAAGCCAGCUGGUGGACGUGUUUGUUCGACCAACAAGCCAGGUGGUCGACGUGUUUGAUGGACCAACAAGCCAGGUGGUCGACGUGUUUGAUGGACCAACAAGCCAGGUGGUCGACGUGUUUGAUGGACCAACAAGCCAGGUGGUCGACGUGUUUGAUGGACCAACAAGCCAGGUGGUCGACGUGUUUGAUGGACCAACAAGCCAGGUGGUCGACGUGUUUGUUGGACCAUCAAGCCAACGAGCCAG